AUGAUUGCACGCCAACUGAUUUCCAAAUGCAUCCCCGCUAAAAGUGUAGUAAACUUCCGUUCUUUUCAAGAUGGGCACCAACUGUUCGUUCAAAUUCCUCAACCAAACCUCGAAUAUCUCCACCACUCCAUGCUUGAUCUUUUGCACCAAAACCGCUCUUUUCAAGCUCUUGAAAUCUUCAAGAAACAGAUUCGGGAAGUGGGUGUUACUCAUGUCGAUGAAGUUUCCACUGCUCUUGCUACCAAGGCAUGUCGUGGAGACCCAAAACUUGGGUGUCAAAUCCAUGGAUUUGCAUUCACGUCUGGGCUUGAUUCGUUUUUAUCCGUCUCCAAUUCUUUGAUGAACAUGUACUCCAAAGCCGGACAAAUCGACCAUGCUAUGACUAUUUUCGAGAAAUUGACCAACCCAGACAUCGUUUCAUGGAACACCUUACUCUCAGGGUUUAAGAACAAUAACGAAGCACUGAGUUUUGCUUGUCGAAUGAAUCAUAUAGGGGUUACAUUCGAUGCAGUGACGUUCACUUCUGCAUUAGCACACUGCGCAGAUUGUGAAGAAUUUCUCUUCGGAAUUCAGUUACACUCUCUUGUUCUAAAAACCGGAAUGCAAAGUGAAGGUUUCAUCGCAAAUGCACUUAUAACCCUCUACUCAAAAUGGGAACGAAUAGUGGACGCAGAGAAGGUGUUCGAUGAAAUGCCAAUGAAAGAUUUAGUCUCAUGGAACGCCAUGCUUUCAGGUUAUAGCCAAGAAGGAAGCUACGGAGAACAAGCAAUCACGGUUUUCAUCCACAUGAUCAGAUCAAUGAUGAAUCUUGAUCAUGUUUCAUUCACAAGUGCAGUUUCAGCUUCCGGACAUGCAAGAAACUUAAAUCUUGGAAAACAAAUACAUUCUUUAACCAUCAAAACCGGAUACGAAACUCACGAAUCAGUCUCCAAUGUUCUGAUCUCCACAUACUCAAAAUGCAACCAAAUCCAAGAUGCAAAAUUAGUAUUCGAAAGCAUGAAAAUUCGCAACGUUGUUUCUUGGACAACAAUAAUCUCCAUAAGUGAAGAAAAAGCUCUAUCUUUAUUCAACAACAUGAGAAUGGAUAACGUGUAUCCAAACGAGGUCACAUUCGUUAGCUUAAUACACGCCAUAUGUUCAUCCACCAUGGUCAAACAAGGUCAAACCAUCCACGCGUUAUCCAUAAAAUCAAGCUUCAUCUCCGAAACAAUCAUAGCCAAUAGUUUCAUCACAAUGUACGCGACUUUCAACUCCAUACAAUCCUCCAUCAACAUCUUCAAAGAAAUCAAACACAAAGUCACCAUUUCAUGGAACGCAUUAAUCUCCGGUUUCACUUUCAACAAGUUAUUCCAACAAGCAUUAACCACAUUCCACUCAAUGGAUUCAAACCCUAAUGAAUACACAUUCGGUAGUGUCUUAAGUGCAAUCGCGUCUUCAGAGUCAAUCCCAUUGAAAUCCGGUCAAUGCUCCCAUUGUCACUUAACAAAACUCGGAUACAACAAAAACUCAAUCGUAUUAGGAGCUCUUUUAGACAUGUAUGCAAAACGCGGAAGCAUACACGAAUCUUGUAAAGUCUUUCGUGAAAUCACCAACAAGAAUCAAGUGGCAUGGACCGCGAUCAUUUCCGCUCAUUCCCGACACGGGAAUUACGAUUCCGUGAUGGAAUUGUAUCAAGAGAUGUUAAACCAAUCGUUCGAUCCCGAUUCCAUUACUUUUUUAUCGGUGUUAACCUCGUGUGGGCGGAAUGGAAUGGUGGAGAAGGGAAACGAGGUUUUUAAGUCGAUGGUUGAAGUGUAUGGAAUUGAGCCGAGCACGGAGCAUUAUUCGUGUAUGGUGGAUAUGUAUGGGCGGGCGGGGCGGUUGGAGGCGGCGGAGGAGUUGAUGGGGCGGAUUCCGGGGGGAAUUGGGAUUCCGGUGUUGCAGAGUUUGUUGGGGAGUUGUAAAGUGUAUGGGGAUAUGGAGAGGGGGAAGAGGGUGGGGGAGGAUUUGUUGAGGAUGGAGCCUAAGGAAAGUGGUUCGUAUGUUUUGAUGUCGAAUUUGUAUGCGGAGAAAGGGGAGUGGGGUGAGGUGGCAAGGAUUAGGAAAGGGAUGAGAGAUUUGAAUGUGAAGAAACUUGUGGGGUUGAGUUGGGCUGAUGUGGGGGAGCUCGGGUCGGAUCAUAUGUUUUCAUCGGAUGAUAUGUCACAUCCACAAACGGUUGAGAUUUAUUGGAUGGCUGGGGUUUUGGGGGUGGGGAUUAAAUCUUUAAAGGUGAAUGAUGAUGUUAUUGAGGAAGUGAAGUUUUUAUAG